CGCGCGGGGUGCCUGCCUGGCUGGAGAUCGCUUCCUGCAACAACCCCUGCCUCCCCUCCUCCUCCGCGUCCGGCGGAACGCGCGCGCGUGCGCGAGCCAAGUAAUUUUUGGUGAGUGGGCUGCAUAUCAAGAGGGAUUAGAGGAAGAUAACAAUAUCCUCUGGAGACCUGUAGACAUUCUGGUUCAACUGUAUUUACAUGGAAUCUCCUUCCUAAGAGAUGCCGUCGUCUAAGCCAUUGUCGGUGCCACUGGCACCAAGCCUGCAACCAUUACCAUCAUCUGCAGUACGACAGAAGAGUCGUAUUGACCUUUGUGAGAUCAAGUCCAAGAUUGCUAAGACGAUUGGGCCAGACCGAGCAAAGAAGUACUUUCAACAUCUGGAGAGGUUCUUAUCAUCAAAAUUGAGCAAAAAUGAGUUCGAUAAGCUCUGUCUUGUGGCACUUGGUCGUGAGAACCUCCCGUUGCACAACCACCUCAUUCGUUCUAUUCUUCUCAAUGCCUGUGCAGCAAGUGGGCCACCAGCUAUUAGUGCGCCUAAGAUAGCUGGGGAUAUCUCCAGUUCAGAACACAUACUGCCCCCCCCUGUCUGGAGUGGUGACUCUUUGAGCAAGCAUGUCAAAGACAAACACUCAUUGAGCAGAAGUGUAAAUGCAUCAACACAACAUUCAUCUCUGACUUCUGUCGAGACUAUUAGUAGGGAGAAUGGCGCUUCAAAUUUGAUUGGUCUGAAGAGACAUACACACAUUCAGCAAAGUGAGCAUGUGGAAUCACUUAUCAAGCGAUCAUGUGUGAGUAAGGCACCAUUAGAUUUCCAUGUCUCUCUGCAUAGCAAUGGACCUUCUGCUAUUGAUGCUAGAGAAACUUUGGGAGAAGAAACUUUACGACGUGCCCAAGUUCCGUUGCAAGCUCCGAUUGGGAUUCAGUUUGGCGCUGCUAAUUUGUGUCAGACCCGAAAACCUUCAGCCCUUGCUUCUGUUAGUUCAGAUGAUAGCUCUGUUAGUUGUUAUGACCAUGGUGAACUAUGUGAUACUUUGUCACUGAGGAAGAAAAUGGAAAAAGCGGCACAAGAUGAAGGAUUGGAAGGGGUCUCGAUAGAGUGUGCUGAUUUGUUGAAUAAUGGAGUUGAUGUUUUUCUGAAGCAAUUGAUUGGAUCUUGUGUUGAGCUUGUUGGAGCAAGAUCUCAACAUGGUAAACUAAGCCAUGCGGCAUUGAAGCAGCAGUUGUCCCGUAAGCUAAUAAAUGGUGUAUCACUGCAAAAUCAUGCCCAUGUGCAGGGUGGCAUUAUACCUCCAGGCACUACUAACUCGGUCACAAUACAAGACUUGAAGGCAGUGUCAGAGCUAAACCCUCGUCUGCUUGGGGUUAAUUCAUCUGGGCUACUUGAAAAGAUCAAUUCACAUGACUAAUUGGAUUGAGGGAGUUGGGUUUUUUUUCACAUUUCAAGAUUGUACCAACUUGAUGCUGUCUCUUGCAGUCUUGCUUCAUGGCCGCUGUAUUCAGGUCAUAACUUGCUCGUGGGUGCUGGAACCUGGAGAAGGCAGACAGACUUUCUAGUUUGUGCAGUAUGCUGAUAAUACUGUAUCUAAUCUUCUGGGGAAUAUUUUGAAAUAAUUAAAGUUCUGCUUAUCUUCUAGAAGGCCUACAGAACUGUGCAGUAGACCCAUCCAUUGUCUGCAUCUAAGCACCAGUAAAACGUCACAAGUACACAGAACUAUGGUGCAGGGCUCCAAACGAAUUGAGGAGCCAUGACUCUUGGACUUGUUGCUUCCACCACCGAAGACGGUUUUGCGGGGCUCAGGCGGCUGUUCCUCGCCAUCAUCAUCUUCUUCAAAUUGUCUUAUAUUCUCGAGUCCAACCAGGAUUCCUUCAUAGCUAGGCUUUGGCAAAAGGAUAAUCAGUGUCAGAAGCCACGCUUCCAGGAGGUCAUGCUGAUGUCACCAAAUCUGUAAAUGGGCUACCUCCAGAAUCUGCUGAAGUAUUUCUACUGCGAAUGACACGAAGUCUGUAUGGAGCAAAAUUUGGUUGCAAUUUCCUUUGAGCUCGUUGCUUUGGUCAGAAAAGAAGUGGCGGGCCUCUUUUCUCCAGGGUACAGAUUAUGGGUUUUUGGUCUGUUUACUCUCCUGACCUGGCAGGUGCCCAAAAAAAUUGCCAUCUUGCUGCCCCCUAAUCGCGAAACUGUAUCUGUCGGCAUUCACAUACAGAAGAAAUGCAGUAAGACUCUCAAACAUUACUGACCUUGUAAGCAUCCAAAGAGCUGUACAAUGAAUGUAACAUGUGUGAUUGUUGUAAAAAAUAAGAAAUGUAACAUGUGUAGCAUCACCCAAGAUACAGUUUCACUAGGAAAUCAUCAGUGUAACAUGUAUAGCAUCACUCGAGAUCGCUUUCAGUACUCUACAUGUGGUAGGAAAUCUAAUCAGAUGUUUUCACGAGGAAGCUCAGAAGAAGAACAUAGUUUCCCCAGGUUAUCUUUGGUCCUGCAGCUCUGAAUUUAAGCUUUCUCGGCCUACUUCCUGUUUUGAUAAUGUUUUGGUUGGAUAAUAGAUGUUGGACUAACUGACAAACCAUUUUUUCGGAGUAUUGCAGUA